AUGUGUAGCCCCGUACAGGCCUUGCGGCGGGUCACUGCUUCGAUUGGAUCUGCUUUGGGAAUGGUUCUCUCGCCAGUUGCGGUUAAUCCGAAGGUGAUGUACUUGUACAUGGGACUAGCAGCAACCAUGAUUGCUGCUGCUCCCGCUUUCUGGGUGUCAUUUGGGAAUUAUGACAAGAUUGAUGAUGAACUGAAUGAGACCGGAUUGAUAUAG